AUGCCCACCUUGCCCUCCCUUAGGCUUUGGCUCCAUGGGCAGGGUUUGGGGGGGAGGGGAUGCCAUCCCCUGGGCUCCUUGCCCCUCCAGGUGACAGGGAUUAGUCACGAUCCACCACGAUCCAUCCCCGCUACAUUGCCUCUGGCUGCUGUGCCACUGCCCCAACCCCUGCUCGCUGCCCUGGGCCGCUCGUCCCCCUGCCCCACAUCCCCCCCCCCGGCCCCGUGCCUGGGCCAAAUCCUGCCCUGCUGCCCAGUCCUGCUGCUCUGCUGUGCUGGGGUGGUGGGCGAUCUGAGGGGCCGGUGCCAGUGCAGGGGCAGGGCCAGCAAUGCCAGCAGACCCCACGGGGAGUGGGGGGGGGCUGGCUCCUGCCUCCUCCCUGCCCCAGCUGCCCCCGGAGGUGGCUCAGCCCCGCGUAGCCUCUUGGGGCGGCUGCACUGGCUCCCCACGUGCCAAAAGGGCAUUGCCUGCACCCGGCUGGGGGCUGCUGGCUCUGCCCCGGCCGAGGACAUCACGUGGGGACACCAGGGACGGGGGGGACACAUGAAGACACCUGGAGACAUGCAGGGGACUGUGAGGGUCCCUGUGUGCCCACAGCACUGCCCGCUGGAGCGAGGGGAGUGCUCCAGGUGCCCUGCUCCCCAUGCCUUCCUCCCCACGCCAUCCCCCAGCUCUGCUGCACUGGCUGGGGGGGACGCGGGUGCAGUGGGGCAGGGGGGGCAUGGCUGGGUCCUUGUCUGCAGGUGGGGAGAUGGUGAGAGGAAAUUUUGGGGGAGUCAGGAAGGCUGUGCCCAUUUAUGCCAUGUAAUGAGUUGUUGGGUCUCUGCAGGCACAGCCUGGGGGCCUGGCCAGGUUGCUUGGGGCCAGUCUAGUGGGGACUUAGCUGGGCUGGGGGGGACGUGCUGGCAUCGGGAGGGUGGGUGUGUAAUGGAGUCAGGUCAGCAGCACAGCAGGGAGGCAGCUGCCUGUCCCCAGCUCAGGGCUGGGGGCUGCAGGGCCCCUCUCCCAGCCCCUUCCCCUGCUCCGCUCCAGGGCAGUGAGGCCAGGGGUUUCUCUUCUGUUCUUGUUUUUGCAGAAUUGCACAAAGAGAGGUUUCCUUUUUCUUUUUUUUCUUUUUUUUUUAAUUUAAUGAAUUGUAAAGUGUUGUCACCCCCCCCUCCCCCCCCCCCCCUUUUUUUUUUAAGAGAUAUUUUGGCUCAGAUUUGACCUCUGUUGGGAAAUGAUUCUUGUAACUGUACAAUUUUUUUGCCUCCUAAUAAUAAUAAAUUAACAAUUUUGCGUUG